AUGCAGAGCGCGUCUGCGGAGAGUACCGCCGGGCUCUGUGUGUCCUUCAUGCGUGAGGACUGUCUGCCAAAGAAAACAGAGCCGAAAGUGUCGAAACAUUCACCUUUUGCUCUUUUAUUUUGUGGACAAUCACCCGGAGUCUGAUGGGGAUCGACUAUCUGAACGGAAACUCAGCGCAUCCGCCUGCUGUCUCGCUGUAAGGAGGCAUCAGGAAACUGAAGAGGGGAGACAACGUGUUGUGAAUACUGAUGAGAGUAACUAUUGACACCUUCAGCCCACCAGUCUGCCGUGCGCCUGGACAUAGCUAACAGGACAUCGGCUUUAUUUCGGGCUAUCACUUCAGACUGUGAGUCAUCCACUAUCUACUUAUUUACUAGGUCGGUAUCUUCGCCUUAUCUUUUUUUGCUCCAUCCCGGUUGUGAAAACUGGCUGCCUGCCAUCGGUUCUCCUCGAAACGCACAGAAAACCAAUAGCUCUGACCCAAAAAAAAAACGACCCAGGCGAGACUUGUCUGUGGCUCUGACAUGCUGUAAGUUGUUUUAUCUGGACUGGACCUAUAAUAUGGCUUUGCUGUAUCAGAGAUUCACCGGGAAGAUUAAUACGGCCAAUUCCUUCCCGCACCCACCUGAGGCCAGUCACCUUCUCGGUGGACAGGUUGCAGACGAGGACAACGCAGCGAAGACCCUUCAGCAACUCGCAGAUGGCAGACCUCACAUCCAGUACCGCAAGAAAUGCUCGAGGGAGGAUGAGGAUGAUCUGGUGGGCAAUGCUCCGCCGCAGAGGAACUGGAAAGGAAUAGCCAUCGCCCUGAUGGUCAUCCUCAUCAUCUGUUCCCUGAUUGUCACCUCCGUCAUCCUGCUGACCCCUCGUGAAGAUGACAGCCUCGCCCUUAAGAAGAAAGUGACUAUAGAGGAUGUUUUUGGUCCAGACCUUCACAUCCAUGAUCCAGAUGCCAAAUGGCUCAGCGACAAUGAGCUGAUGUAUCGUACAAGGGAAGGGGAUGUUGUCAAACUCAAAGUUGACACCCAGGAGAGAACUGUUAUUGUGCUGAACCAGUUGUUUGACAGAUCCAGAGCCGCCAGGUACCAGGUGUCUCCAGACAUGCAACAUGUGUUGUUCGCCUUUGAAGUGAAACCGAUCUAUCAACACUCCUAUGUGGCCAAGUACAUUAUUUACAGCCUUGUGACACAGGAAACCUGGCCUCUGAAUCCCCCUGAAGUGUUUGAAGCUGUCCUGCAGUUUGCUGGAUGGGGACCCCGAGGCCAGCAGCUGAUCUUCAUAUUUGAAAACAACAUUUACUACAGAUCAACAGUAGAUAACCGAUCAAUCCGCUUGGUUUCGACUGGUAAAGAGGGAGUCAUCUUCAAUGGCCUUGCUGACUGGCUGUAUGAGGAGGAGAUCCUGCAGACUCACAUAGCCCACUGGUGGUCUCCAGACGGGCUGCGUCUGGCAUACAUGACCAUCAAUGACACGCUGGUGCCAAAGAUGGAAGUUCCCUUCUUCACAGGAACGCCGUACCCCGCCUCCUUGGAGUAUCACUACCCAAAGGCUGGGGAGGAAAACCCUGUAGUGCACCUGUCGGUGGUGAGCCUCAACGGUCCCUUGCACACGGUUGUGAUGAAGAAACCUGAUGACCCCCGAAUAGGGAGGGAAUAUUAUAUCACUAUGGUAAAAUGGGCUACCAGCACCAAACUGGCUGUCAACUGGCUAAACAGAGGCCAGAACAACUCUAUCCUGACACUGUGUGAGGCUACAACUGGAGUCUGCAUUAAGAAACAUGAGGAUGAGAGUGAGAGCUGGUUGCACAGACAGAACGAAGCACCGCUCUUUUCCCAUGACGCACACAAGUUCUUCUUCACCAGAGCAAUCCCUCAGGGUGGGAGAGGAAGGUUUUUCCACAUUUCUAUGUCCACCUCUCUGCCUAACACAAGCACAGACAUACUUCAGUCCCUGACCUCUGGAGACUGGGACGUCACCAGCAUCUUGGCCUACAAUCAUAAAAGGAACCUCAUAUACUUUCUAAGCACAGAGGAUAACCCCAAACGACGGCACUUGUACAGUGCUGACACCAUUCCUCCAUUCAACCGCUGCUGCCUGUCUUGUGAGUUCAAGUGCGGCUAUGUGGACGUUUCAUUCAGCCCCAACAUGCAGUACUUCUUACUCAACUGUAAAGGUCCAGAUAUACCGAGUGUGGCUAUCUAUAGCACAGAGGACAAACAGAAGGUGUUUGACGUGGAGACUAACGAAAGCGUAAACAACACGUACAACAACAUGCAGAUGCCCAGAGUGGAGUAUGAGAACAUCACCAUAGACGAUUACACUCUGACAAUGCAGAUUCUGAAGCCAGCUGGAUUCAUAGCUACAGCCCAUUACCCCUUACUGCUGCUAGUCGACGGGACGCCCGGCGGGCAGAUGGUGUCGGAGCAGUUCCGAGUGGACUGGGCCACGGUUUUGGUCAGCAGCUUCAGCACCAUCGUCAUCCGCUUUGACGGCCACGGCAGCGGCUUCCAGGGCACCAACUUUCUCCACAAAGUCAGGAGGAAACUUGGAAGACUAGAGGAGAGGGACCAGCUAGAGGCACUCAGGUUCAUAUCCAAAGAGAAUUAUAUUGAUCAGAGUCGAAUGGGAGUUUAUGGAAAGGCCUAUGGAGGAUAUUUAGCCACGUUGCUUCUGAGCUCUGAUGAGUUUAACCAACUUAAAUGUGGAACAGCAGUCUCCCCCAUUACAGAUUUUGAGCUCUACGCAUCUGCAUUUUCAGAACGAUACCUCGGCUCAAAGACAGAUUCCCGUGUUUAUACGAUGGCAAAUUUAGCACACAGAGCAGGUCAACUUCUGCAAAAGCAAUACUUGAUAAUUCACCCAACUGCUGAUGAGAAGGUUCACUUCCAGCACACGGCCAAAUUUAUCAAUCAUUUAAUAAGCGAGAAGGCCAACUACACUCUACAGAUUUACCCAGAUGAGGGACACUUCCUACACAGUGACGGGACGCAACAGCAUCUAAGCCAAUCCUUGGUCAACUUCUUCGAGGUGUGCUUCAGGGUGCCGGAGAUACUGACGGACGAGCAGCCGGAAGAUGACGAGGACAACAGUUAAACCUACCCUUCCGAGCAGCGAACAGCCACCUAUUACAGCACAAUAUGCAACAGGUCUUUCUAAACCCAGUCAACCCAAACCACCUCCUGCCCAUCCAUUUUAGUUUGACUCUUAAGCACAGCACUUGCAUGUGCAAAAGGGGCCUCAGCCUACAGCCCCUCUCCUCACCUAUGCUGGAUGCUGGUCAGAAAGACUAAAUAAAUCUCAGAUGUGAACAGUCACAUCUCUCCCUGCUAGUCAAAUAUAUGGACGAAUACACCCUCUGGUGGACAAAUAGAGGAUCAACAUAACAUCCAUUGAGCAAUGCAUCUCCAAUCCAAACCAGGCAUAUUUAUUAGGCGCUUUGCACCACAAAAUAUCCCCUGUGAAGGUUCAUUAUGUUGAGAUUUAACUUUGCAAAGGCCACCAGUUUCUGAUAACCUUGCCAACCAACUUACUGAUUAUUGUGUUCAUGAGAAUGAUUACUGCUACUUGUUUCUCAGAUUUUAUCUGUUCAGUGUCGUGUCUGAGUGGAUGUCUGGCUGCAUCAGUCCGUAGUUGCUUUACAAAACGAAGGCACAAUGUUUAACUUGUGUUUUAUGUCAAUACAGAAAUGGUAUGAAAUCUUUUUUUCCUCAUAAUUAUAAAUUGAACACUUCUUUUAGUCACCGUGCCUUACUGUGGGUGAAAUGCUAAUGAUGGGAGCCCACAUGACACUGAAAAUGAGUAAAUUAAUUUAUAGUUAAUUUUCCUCAAAUAGUAGCAAGGUGUUAGUAUAGGAAGUUCAAAUUACAAGGUAUGGCACUGUUAUUUCAAAACAUGGAAAGAACUGAAUACUAAAUCAUUGUAUGUCUUCUUAAAAGAUGGCAUUAUACAGAGAAAUGUAAAGAGUAUUUAGUUUGCAAAUACAGUUCUUGAUAUUUACCUUCCAAACUAGCAUACCGGUAAGUUAACUAUGCGGAAUUUUCAUUAUUUUGUGUAUUACUUUGACUUGUGUUUAAUGGCUUGACUCUCUCAUGUUCUGUUAGUAUUCAGUGGUUUCUAGUCAGCUGAUGUACAAAGUGUAUAAAUUCUUAUAUUGUUUAAGUCUUUAUGUUCCAUGUGAAACUUGUAUAUAAAGCAUUUUGAAAUGUA